AAUUUAUGCUUUUCUACACACCGAAAGAAUCGGCGUUUUUCUAUUUGUAUAAUUGAAAAUGCGAAUCAAAGGUGGUGAUCACAAUUGGAUCAUUGUUGUGAAUCUUGUGAUGAGACUGGUGCUGCUGUAAGGUGCCAAAUUCACUCUAGUUCUCAGAAACAAUUCAAUAUGGCAGCCGUCUACUGGCAGUGGUUGAAAUUCAGAACUUCUUACCGAUUUAUUUCGAGAACGUUGAACAAUUUUGCGCCACAUGUUAGUCGGACAAUAAAAAAAGGAUGUAUCUUUAAAUUACUAGAAAGAGACCGCGUGGCAACAUUUUUAUCAAGAAAACUUACUGUUGGAACAAGUUUUGCUUUGGUUGGCUCUCUUGCAUGGUGCUAUUCAUCAACGUCUGGUAAUAAUGAGUCUGAAAGAAUAUGCUUUUUGGCUAAAGAGAAUCGAGUAACUGAACUGGAAAGGGUGAUUUCUGGAUCUGGAUGUGAUGUGAACAAAUUUCAUUCACUUGGAUGGACUGCCUUGCAUGUUGCUGCAAUGAAUGAUAGUGUAAAGUCCAUGAACUUGCUGUUACAAGCUGGAGCAGAUCCUAAUGUGAGAGAUGACUAUUCAACAGCUUUUAAAAUUGCAGGCAAGAAGAAGAUGAGACUGAUGGAUGUUAUGAUGAUUCGAGAAAAUGAGUUCUCCCAUCGCCUGAAUAAAAGUGCAAACUUCUCUGGAUUUACACCUCUCCAUUAUGCUAGUCUCAUUGACAGUUAUGAAGGUGUGAAACUUCUCUUGAGCAAAGGCGCUGACCCAACAAUAAAAGAUGACAGCGGUCACAGUGCGGAUGAAUACACCGAGAAUGAAAAGAUCAAGAUGAUCAUCAAAAGUAAUCAGGCAGAGUAUGUGCAAAGAAAACGUCGACUUGAAGCUGAAGAAAGAAAGAAAUAUCCUUUGGAGAAAAGAAUCAAAGAAGCAAUUAUCGGUCAAGAAGGUGCCAUCACUACAGUUGCAUCAGCAAUUAGAAGACGUGAAAAUGGCUGGUAUGAUGAAGAUCAUCCUCUAGUGUUUCUUUUCCUUGGCUCAUCAGGAAUAGGGAAAACUGAACUCGCGAAACAAGUUGCCAAAUACCUCCACAAAGAUGAUAAAAAGGGUUUUAUACGGUUAGACAUGUCCGAGUUUCAAGAAAAGCACGAGGUAGCAAAGAUGAUUGGCUCACCCCCUGGAUAUAUCGGUCAUGACGAAGGUGGUCAGCUGACGAAAGCUUUGAGAGAGUGUCCCAAUGCUGUGGUUCUUUUUGACGAGGUUGACAAAGCUCAUCCAGACGUUCUCACCGUCAUGUUACAGCUGUUUGACGAGGGUCGACUUACAGAUGGCCAAGGUAAAACGAUCGAGUGCAAAGACGCCAUUUUCGUGAUGACGUCUAAUCUUGCUAGUGAUGAAAUUGCUAAGCAUGGUUUAAAACUUCGGAAGCAAGCACGUCAAAUAAUCGAGGAGCGAGAAUCGAAGACAGCAGCAGGAAAGUUGGAAGUUGAUCUGUCGUUGAAGCGGAUUGAAAUUUCAAAGAAAUUCAAAGAAGAAGUCGUCCGACCAAUACUUAAGUUUCAUUUUAGACGAGAUGAAUUUCUUGGAAGGAUCAAUGAAAUCGUAUAUUUUCUUCCAUUUUCUCAAAGUGAACUGCUCAAAUUGGUUGAAAAGGAGAUGUAUUAUUGGAGCAAACGGGCAUUAGAACGUCACGACAUUCACUUGAGUUGGGAUAAAGAAGUAUUAACAUGUAUGGCUGAUGGUUAUGAUGUACAUUAUGGGGCAAGGUCUAUCAAACACGAGGUUGAAAGAAAAGUUAUCAAUCAAGUAGCGGCCGCUCACGAACAAGAACUGGUCGGCAGUGGUUGUGCCGUCCAUAUCGCCGUGAAGCACGAGCAAAACGAGGAAGAAAAUAUCGUUGUAUCAAAGAUUGUGUUGGAAGUUCUUGAAAACAAUAAAGAAAAAAGACAGAUACAAUUGGAUGAUUAUUACGCUCCUGAACAAACUGCAGUAUUUUGAUGGGGUCAUGGAACGAGAGUAAGAAACGCUAUAAUCUUCAUACAUUGGUGUGAGCUGAGUUCAAUGAUUUACUUAAUACUAUUGCAAACAAACAUUGGCAAUGAUAAAUAUUCAAUGCAACAGAAUAACAUAGAGACAGGCAGAAAAAACAGGGAUAGUGAAUUUGUUAUAGGUCUCCAUUGUUCUAAGCUUUCAAUAAAGCAUUUACGACAGC